UAACCUUUCGAGCUCCCAAAUAGCCUCAGUCGGGGUUUUCCCUACUUAACCAUAGGGUCACCCUGUGCCUUUUGUUUUGAAUACCAGCGCCUUUCAUUGAAAUCAGGUUGAAACAGGUCGAAUGGUUGGGAAAUGCGUCGUUCAGCUGCCCCCUCGGCUGUGGCCAAGCGAUUGUCAUUUCAGAGUCCCGAGAUUGGGUCCUCCGUGAAAACUUCCUCGGGACGAAGUUGCAAAAGGAAGCGUCACAAUCUGCAAGAUGCCGACCAAGACGACGAGCUCGGGAUGGUUCAGGAGCCUUUGAAAGAUAUGGGCAAUGUCACGUUUAUGUCCUUAUUACCCGAUAGUCCAUCCAUGUCCAGUCACGUAAGAGAUUGGGAACUGCUUAUCCGGAGAUUGCUCAACAAACCGUUCAAGAUCCCCAUCCCCAACUACCAACCCUCGAGUUACGGUCGAUGUCUCGGGAUUCGUCGCCAAGGUGCUCGUCAACCGCUUCACGAUCCAUUUGAACCCAACGCUUUGGUCCUCUACGAUCCCCCAGAGAUCUCAGAACACGACAAGCUCAAACUCGACUCGGCCAAGUUCCCCGUUCAUGUGGUCGUGGAUCCCAUCUUAUGCCAAGUUCUCCGACCUCAUCAACGUGAAGGCGUCAAGUUCAUGUACGAUUGCGUCACCGGCAUCCGCAUCCCCGAUUCAUAUGGCUGCAUCAUGGCCGAUGAAAUGGGUUUGGGCAAGACUUUGCAGUGUAUCACCCUCAUGUGGACCCUUCUGAAGCAAGGACCGGACUGUAAUCCCUUGAUCGAAAAGGCCAUUGUGGUGGCUCCGAGUAGUUUAGUCAAGAAUUGGUACAAUGAGAUUAGUAAAUGGUUAGGAGGGCGGGUGACUCCAUUAGCCAUCGAUGGGGGAUCAAAGUCGGAUAUCGACAGGAACCUGACGGGUUUCAUGAAUACAUAUGGUCGCCGACCGGUCAAUCCGAUACUGAUCAUCUCAUAUGAGACGUUCAGACUUCACGCCAAAGUUCUUCACCAGAGCGAGGUCGGUUUAGUCCUCUGUGACGAAGGCCAUCGUUUGAAGAACUCUGAGAACCAGACAUAUCAGGCACUGAUGAAUCUCAAGGCCAGGAGACGGGUACUUCUCUCGGGCACGCCUAUUCAAAAUGACCUAUUGGAAUACUUUUCUUUGGUUCACUUUGUGAAUGAAGGAAUCUUGGGCACGGCCAACGAGUUCAGACGCAAGUUUGAGAACCCCAUUUUGCGGGGUCGUGAUGCAGAUGCGGUGGCGGAGGACAUCAAGAAGGGCACGGAGAAACUCCAAGAGUUGGCUGCUAUCGUAAACCGAUGUAUUAUUCGACGAACUCAAGCUCUGCUGACGAAGUACCUGCCGGUCAAAUAUGAACAGGUCAUCUGUUGCCGACUGACCCCUCUUCAAGAGGAUAUUUAUCAGAGUUUCGUGAACUCAGAUACAAUCCGAAGAGGAUUGAAGAGCACCGAAGGUGUGAAGAUGACUUCAUCCUCUUUGGCGGCCAUAACAUCCUUGAAGAAAUUGGUCAAUCAUCCGGAUCUGAUUUUUGAGCAUUGUCGGAAUGGCAAGGAGGGCUUUGAGAAUGCAUUCAAGUUCUACCCUCAAGCGUACAAUCCCGUCAAGCAACGUUUGCAGCCAGGAUUGUCCGGGAAACUCUCCAUCUUGGAUGGUUUGUUGGCCUUCGUCAAGGCCAGUACAACGGACAAAGUGGUGUUGGUGUCCAACUAUACUCAGACGUUAGAUCUAUUUGAGCGUCUCUGCGGCCUUCGUAGCUAUCGAUAUGUCAGAUUAGAUGGCUCCAUGACCAUCAAGAAGAGGGCCAAAGUUGUGGACCAAUUCAAUGACCCCACAAGCCCGGAGUUCAUUUUCAUGUUGUCCAGUAAAGCUGGAGGAUGUGGUCUGAACUUGAUCGGAGCCAAUCGACUAGUCAUGUUCGAUCCGGAUUGGAACCCGGCCAAUGAUGAGCAAGCCAUGGCUCGAGUUUGGAGGGACGGACAGAAAAAGGAAUGUUUUAUCUACCGUCUGUUAGCAGUUGGCACCAUUGAAGAAAAGAUCUUCCAAAGACAAGCACACAAAAAGGCCUUGAGCUCGUGCGUGGUGGAUCGAGAAGAGGAUGUGGAAAGGCAUUUCUCGGUGGCUGAUCUUCGGGAUCUAUUCAAAUUGGAAAAGAACACGCCCAGCGACACCCAUGACAAGUUCAGAUGCAAGAGGUGUGUGAAUGGGAUUCAAGUGAAGGGCCCACCCGAGGAUUCUGAUUGCAAUUCCGACUUGUCCUUGUGGCAUCAUUGUACGUCCAAAAAAGGCUUGGUGGAUCUGGCUUUGAAGCAAUGCUGGGAGGCUGGAAUUACAUUUGCCUUUCAUCACAAGUCACAUGAUCAAAUUAAAGUUGUCUAAAGUAUCAUUUUGCAAAGUCAAUAAAUUUUCAGUUUCGCUUUCAAA